AUGGAAAGAGUCAAUAAUUCCAUGUUGACAGAAUUUGUCCUGGUGGGGCUUUCUGCCUACCCAAAGCUACAGACAGUUUUCUUCGUGCUAGUUUUGUGGAUGUACCUCAUAAUCCUGCUUGGAAAUGGAGUCCUCAUCUCAGCAAUCAUCUAUGAUUUUCACCUGCACACCCCCAUGUAUUUCUUCCUCUGUAAUCUGUCCUUCCUGGACAUUUGUUAUACAAGCUCCUCUGUCCCACUAAUUCUUAACAAUUUUCUAACAGUAAGGAAAAAAGUUUCCUUCCCUGUGUGUAUGGUACAAAUGUUCCUCUCCUUUGCCAUGGGGGCCACAGAGUGUGUGCUUCUAGGCAUGAUGGCUCUUGACCGCUAUGUGGCCAUCUGCUACCCACUGAGAUACCCUGUUGUCAUGGCAAAAGGUGCCUAUGUUCCCAUGGCAGCUGUUUCCUGGGUGAUUGGGCUUGUUGACUCAGUGGUACAGACAUCUCUUGCAAUGCAGUUACCAUUCUGUACUAAUAAUGUCAUUCACCAUUUUGUCUGUGAAAUUCUGGCUAUUCUGAAACUGGCCUGUGCUGAUAUUUCAAUCAAUGUGACCAGCAUGGCAGGGUCAAAUCUUAUUGUUCUAGUCAUUCCAUUACUAGUAAUUUCCAUAUCUUAUAUUUUUAUUGUUGUCACUAUUCUGAGGAUUCCUUCCACUGAAGGAAAACGUAAAGCCUUCUCCACCUGCUCGGCCCACCUGACAGUGGUGGUCAUAUUCUAUGGAACCAUCUUCUUCAUGUAUACCAAGCCCAAGUCUAAAACCACUGCUGGAGGAGAUAGUCAAGACAUCAUUGAUGCCUUCAUCUCCCUUUUCUAUGGAGUCAUGACCCCCAUGCUCAAUCCUGUCAUCUACAGCCUGAGGAAUAAGGAUGUUAAGAUUGCUGUUAAGAGCAUGCUUGGUAGGAAAAAUUUUAACUUUCCUGAUGAAAGAUGA